AUGGCUUCGCCCUCUGUGCAUGCUAUGCCGGAGCACUGGACCGAGCUCAGCGCAGCAAAGAGGCAACGGCAGCUGUGCGCCACUGACGUCGAAGCCAUCAAGACCUCAUGCAGCAGCGACUGCGGGAAGAAGCACAUCGCAGAGUGCUCGGAAUGCUACGGCAAAGUGCUGAAUAGGAUGCGCCAGCGGUACACGGAAAGCACGGACCGCGAAUGGUUCACGCAGCGAAGAGCGUUUCUGCAGGAGCUGGAGGGCAUGUUUCAGGACGCUCGGGGCCACACCAAGAGCCUGAAGCUCAUCGAGGCGCGAAUAGAGUCCGAGAAGGAGGCUUGGUACCGAUGGGUUCUGCGGAAGUAUCCCGAGUUCAUUGCGGCCUCGGACCGCGGGGGCGCGAACCAGGACGAGCUUCGAGCCAUGCUGGACGACCCGGACCGUUCGCGCAACGAGCUCGUAACCAUGAUCCUGGAAGGGAUUGGCAAACCACAAGGCUGGCCCUCGAGCGUAGAGGCCUUUGCUGACAAGGCUUACGCCGCCAAAAACGACGCAUCUGAGUUGAAGAAGUUGUACUUCGCACAGUUCUUCAUCACCCAGCCGUCCGGCGCGGUGCUGGACAACGCGCAAAGAUAUAUGGAAGAAUUCCAGGGCAGCGAUACCAUCACCUUGGAGGCGAUGAUGGACAGGAUCGUUUCCGACAUUAGGGAGAGCAGAAACUCGCAGCCGCAGCGAGAAAACCACGAGCGGCGGCUCGACGAGUUACGGCGGGCCAAAACGGCGUUUGAGCGGAACAAGAUGCAGGCUAAGAGCCAGCUCUCGAGCAACAACGCAUCGGCUGCGAGCGAGAAGCUGUACAACUUGCCCCCAUGUCUCGUCUGCAAGGGCAAAGUGGAUUCUAGCAAGGUGCUCUCGUGCUCAGUGUGCCAGGCAGUUGCGCAGAUGGGCGGCACCAAGAAGAUGGCCGUGUACUGCUCUGAGGAGUGCUUCCACAAGGGUCAUGGAAACCACGUCGAAGCGGAGCAUGACUGCGAGGCGGGCGCGGGAUGCGUGCAGAUGCGUGAUGAAGACGUGGAGAUGGACGACGGCGGCAGCUCCCGAGCCGUGUCGUGCAAGGAGUGCCUGGAGGAGCGGCGCAUGACGCUGUACUGCUCGGGCCACUGCGCGGCGGAGAACGUGGCAGAGCACCGGCAGCGCGUCCACGGCGUCAAGACAGCGGCCGGGGAGGGCGAGACGGUGGCGCUGGUGACGCCGACGCAGGAGGCGGUAGAGGCUGCGCUGCAGAGAGAAAACCCGGGACUCAAGAUGACACCAGUCUAG